AUGGAGGAAGUGAACAUCCACACAUUACCUCAAUAUUGGACACCAAAAAUCAGUGUGGUAGCAUUAUCAGACGCAGAAGAAGCCGCAAAAAGACAACGACCAUCUUUGACUCAGAUUUCCGAGUUUUCCAAUAGACAUGGCUCCAUGUUGGGACAAUAUCUCUAUGGUCAUCCAGGAUGUGAGGACAAAGGGCACUUGGAACUUCGAUAUCCUAAGCUCAGAUGGGAAAUAAUACCGCUCGAAAUAGAAAUCAUAGAUAUCAUAGGAUGCGUUCUAUCUAGAUUCAGCAGCUCUUCCGCCAAUUGUGAUCGAACGUCACCGAAAAACCAGCACGCUGUAUUAUUCUUUACUAACUACCGUACUAUCCAGGCUUAUUGUGCUCACGACGGCACCGAAGUGAAAAAGUUUCAUGAAGUGAUACAACUAGAUCUCGAAUACAGGCGCUUGCAGGCCAACGAACAAUUCAACGGACAAACCUACGAACAGUUCACGAAAACAGCUUUCGAAAACAUUCACCGUUGCCUCAUCUGGGAUCAAGAAUUUCCCUGCAACGAGGAAAUGGACGCGUUAUCACCCAGAGAUGUCAACACGAAUAUUUGUGCGAAAACAGCGGUGCAGAAAACAGCUCCUCCAACCAAGCUAGCAAGAGAAAAGGAUCACCCUCCACCACCACCUAGUGAGGUACCGGAACCACCUUGUUCGGAUCGAAAAGAUGGAUCUAUAUACAAGACCGGCCGUUGUCUUGGGAAAGGUGGAUUCGCUAUUUGUUACGAAGGUCAACUCAAAGGGACGAGGAAGAAGUACGCCUUGAAGAUUGUCAAAAGCCACAUGUCACAGAAGAAGAUGGAGCAAAAGUUUCAAACCGAGCUUCAAAUCCAUUCAAAGAUGAAUCAUCCAAAUAUUGUUCGGUUCUACCGAGCCUUUUCACACGAUCAAUGCACUUACAUAGCUAUGGAACUCUGCCCUAAUGGUUCGUUAAUGGAUAUGGUCAAAAAGAGAAAGUAUCUUACGGAGCCGGAAGUUCGUUUCUACACCGUCCAGAUUGCUGGAGCUAUCAAAUAUAUGCAUGCAAGAGGCAUAAUACACCGCGAUCUGAAGAUGGGAAACAUCUUUUUGGACAAGGAUAUGAACGUUAAGAUUGGGGAUUUCGGACUCGCAGCAUUACUCAUGUCGAAUAAGGAUAUGGCAGCAUGCAGAAGGACAACUCUAUGUGGAACACCAAAUUACAUUGCGCCUGAAAUCUUAUCCAAAAACAAUGGUGGACACGAUCAUGCAGUUGACAUAUGGAGUUUGGGUAUCAUUAUUUUUGCCAUGCUUACCGGAAAACCUCCAUUUCAGUCUGCUACAGCCGAUGAAAUCUAUCGGCGUGCAAAGGAAAGAGAAUAUACGUGGCCACAACAUUUCGUCAGUGCCAAUAUGAUCUCACCAGAGAUUCAAGAUUUGGUAUCCACCAUGUUACAGGAUGCAGAAGAACGUCCACACCCAGAUAUCAUCGUGCAACAUCCAUUUUUCACCUGCGGCUGGAUGCCCCAAGUUGAAGAGAUGAGUGCCGAUUUACUAGAGGAUCCUCCAAGGCCAGAUCAAUUCCUUUCAGUCGUUGUCAAGCCUGGCAAGCCGAAUCCAUACGCUCGAAGCCUCAAGAAGUUAUGCAUCAAAUGUGAAGUUGGUCCUUGGACUCCAAAAAAGCAGUAUACAAGUCUUUACAAGGAGUGUGCUUUAGAAGAGAAAGCCGGUCUUACGCCUAACGUGCCACUCGCCGAGGGUAUUGUCUACCGUCCGUACUCCGAAUAUGUCAGAGAGCAAAACCAACAAAGUGUUGAAGAGAAAGCUGCCACUCAGAUGGAGGCAUCUAGUACAGUUGUGGAUUCGCUCGUUUCCGAUAUGGCAGAGUCAAAUCUUGCACCGUUAGCCAAAAAGCCCCUCUCACAAAGAACCGUUUCUCAAAGAGUUGCUAGUCAAAGCUUUGCGGCACAGCAGCGCAUCAAGGAUCAGCCAUUAAAUACCGCUUCAAUCAGAGGCGCCCUUCCUCGACGACCGCUCCAAAGAGAAAACAAUACUAGAGAGCCUGCCAGUAACACAACCGAGAUCAAACCUCCCCGUAGUAUUCUCAAGACCAAAACUAUUCCAUCUGUUCCACAAAUCUCUUCCGAAGCUGAGGGGCGCCUUGCAGCUGAUUUGGUGGACGAGUUGCAAAAGGCGGAAGAGGAACGAAAAUCACAGGAACUCAAGAAAAAACAGUCUACUAAGAAGGUUGUUUCGCUAUUUUCACCCCAAGAAAAAUUGGAGUGGUUACCAGGUAGCAAGCCAGACCACAUUCUCGAAGCCCUACAACGUCUCCAGGUGGAGUUAGACCGAGCUUUGAAUAGUAGAUCCAUUGCAGCCACUCCGAAAUCUAGGCCCACAACCCCUGCUAUAGUUGUGAAGUGGGUAGAUUAUACCAACAAAUAUGGGCUUGGAUAUAUUCUCAGUAAUGGAAGUGUGGGUUGUGUCUUUAGGGAAACACCGGCUGGUUCUCCAGAAAGUGAGGAUAACGUCAUCGCUCCUUCUUGCAUUGUUAUUCGCGACGGAGAGAGGCAUCUCGCGAAUCGAACCAACAAAUCGUACGUACACAGGCAUCAGAUUAUUCCAAUUUCUGGUCCCAAUGUAGAAUUUUAUGAAAGCAAGGGUGAGAGGGGAAUGAUCCGUGGAUCGGUCCCUGCCAAGACUUAUAGAGUUGCUGAGAGUCCCGAGGGUCGACCCGGCAGACUCCCUCUGGGUGUAGAUUCUUUUGAUAAUCGCAAACGAGAAAAGAUUUGUCUAUGGAAGAAAUUUGGCAAUUAUAUGUUUGCUUAUGGUAGAGAUGCUGAGUAUCCUUAUGAAUCAUGGACGGCUGGUCAGAAUCCCGAGGCUACUGUCAACAGUACAGUCAUCACGUUUUAUCAGCGAUGGGGAGAUGUUGGCUGCUGGGGAUUCAGUGACGGCCAUUUUCAGUUUAACUUUCCCGAUCAUACUAAAGUUGUCCUUUCAGCGGAUGGAUUCUGGUGUGAUUUCUAUCACCUUUCUUUCGAAUGUGCACGAGAGCUCACAGAGAAUGGAACGCUUCCAACGACUGCCCUUGAUGAGCGACAACAUCUCUCCUAUCCUCUGCAAACACUUCUUAACUUCAUGGCCAAGCCGUCGAGGGCAGUGAAACCCACUUCACGCAAACGUCCCGAUAUUGAUCCAAUGAUUCAAGGUCUUCCUCAAGCAAAUGACUUUAGAAGAAAGGUUGAAUUCAUCAGAUGUGCAGUCAAAGAGUGGGUACAAAAUGGUGGUCUUGGAAUCAGCGAUAUGGAGCCCAAGACACGUUUACGAUGGAUGGGACAUCGUGAAAUAUACGACGAUAAGAAGCUCAAGCAUGUUUGGACUACAGUUGGAGGGCGUCGCGGAGACGAAAGACGAGUUGCAUGGUAUGAUCCUCGCAAUCCGCAGGAAGUAAUUUUCGAUGCCGAAGUUAAUGGGGUUAUGGUUGAAUGA